GUGGGGUAGUUGGCGGGUGGUUGAGUGGAGCCCGUCGCCAUGUCCGCGGGGAGCGCGACGCAUUCUGGAGCCGGCGGGCGCCGCAGCAAAUGGGACCAGCCCGCGCCCGCCCCGCUGCUCUUCCUCCCGCCCGCCGCCCCCGGGGCCGAGGUGCCCAGCAGUGCCGGCAGCCCCGGGGGCGCCACGGCCGCCCCCUCGGGAGCCCUGGAUGCGGCUGCUGCCGUGGCUGCCAAGAUCAAUGCCAUGCUCAUGGCUAAAGGGAAGUUGAAGCCAACUGCCAACGCUACCGAAAAGCUUCAGGCUCCUGGCAAAGGCCUCACUAGCAAUAAAAGCAAAGAUGACCUGGUUGUGGCUGAAGUUGAAAUCAAUGAUGUGCCUCUCACAUGUAGAAAUUUGCUGACUCGAGGACAGACUCAAGAUGAGAUCAGCCGCCUUAGUGGGGCUGCGGUGUCAACGCGGGGGAGGUUCAUGACAAGUGAAGAGAAGGCCAAAGUGGGACCAGGGGAUCGUCCAUUGUAUCUUCAUGUUCAGGGACAGACACGGGAGUUAGUGGACAGGGCUGUUAACCGGAUCAAAGAAAUUAUCACCAAUGGAGUGGUGAAAGCCGCCACGGGGACAAGCCCUACUUUCAAUGGUGCGACAGUCACUGUCUAUCAUCAGCCAGCACCCAUUGCUCAGCUGUCUCCAGCCGUCAACCAGAAACCUCCCUUCCAGUCAGGGAUGCAUUAUGUUCAAGAUAAAUUAUUCGUUGGUCUAGAACAUGCCGUGCCUACUUUUAAUGUCAAAGAGAAGGUGGAAGGUCCAGGCUGCUCCUACUUGCAGCAUAUUCAGAUUGAAACAGGCGCCAAGGUCUUCCUGCGGGGCAAAGGCUCGGGCUGCAUCGAGCCAGCAUCUGGUCGAGAAGCAUUUGAGCCCAUGUAUAUUUACAUCAGUCAUCCGAAACCAGAAGGCCUGGCUGCUGCCAAGAAGCUCUGUGAGAAUCUCCUGCAGACAGUUCAUGCUGAAUACUCUAGAUUUGUGAAUCAGAUUAAUACUGCAGUGCCUUUACCAGGCUAUACACAACCCUCUGCUAUAAGUAGUGUCCCUCCUCAGCCACCAUAUUAUCCAUCCAAUGGCUAUCAGUCUGGUUACCCUGUUGUUCCCCCUCCUCAGCAGCCAGUCCAACCUCCGUACGGAGUACCAAGCAUAGUGCCACCAGCUGUUUCACUGGCACCUGGAGUCUUGCCAGCAUUACCUACUGGAGUCCCACCUGUGCCAACACAAUAUCCGAUAACACAAGUGCAGCCUCCGGCUAGCACUGGACAGAGUCCAAUGAGUGGUCCUUUCAUUCCUGCUGCUCCCGUCAAAACAGCUUUGCCUGCUGGGCCCCAGCCCCAACCCCAGCCCCCACUCACAGCUCAGCCCCAGGCUCAGAAGAGGCGAUUCACAGAGGAGCUACCAGAUGAACGGGAAUCUGGACUUCUUGGAUACCAGCAUGGACCCAUUCAUAUGACUAAUUUAGGUACAGGCUUCUCCAGUCAGAAUGAGAUUGAAGGUGCAGGAUCGAAGCCGGCAAGUUCCUCAGGCAAAGAGAGAGAGAGGGACAGGCAGUUGAUGCCUCCACCAGCCUUUCCAGUGACUGGAAUAAAAACAGAGUCUGAUGAAAGGAAUGGAUCUGGGACCUUAGCGGGGAGCCAUGAUUACCCAGCCAAGAAGAUGAAAACUACGGAGAAGGGAUUUGGCUUGGUGGCUUAUGCUGCAGAUUCAUCUGAUGAAGAGGAGGAACAUGGAGGUCAUAAAAAUGCAAGUAGUUUUCCACAGGGCUGGAGUUUGGGAUAUCAAUAUCCCACGUCACAGCCACGAGCUAAACAACAGAUGCCAUUCUGGAUGGCCCCGUAAGAGACAGUACAAUGGAGCUAUGACCCUCCGUGACUCUUAGCAAUAAUGCAUGCAUUUGAUUUACCAAGACUUGGGAAACUUGAACUUGAAACUACCAUGGACCUUUGCAGAAGUUAGAGAUACAGUGUCCUCUCUGAUUAAAAGAUUCCGUUUUUUUAUAUAUAUAUAUAUAUAUAAAUUUUUAUUUCUGCAGUGGCGUAACAUCUGUUGAAGUACCUAAAAUCACAAAUUUGUCUCAGAAGCUUUUUAACAGUUGGUGAGAUGUGCUUGACCCACAAAGCAUCAGAGUCAUCCCCAAAUAUAAACAUUUGGUCUGGUCCAGCCUUUUCCACUCUGGAAACCCUAACUCUGAUGUAAAGAAGUUUUUGUCUUUUACUGCUACUUGGUCGAUUUUGAUAAUAACUGGUUACAAACAAAGCCUUACUGUUUAUUAGUGGGGAAGUGAUUUUCAGGCCAUCCCUUCCUUUCAUUACUUAAUUCUAGAAGAUCCUUCUUCCUAUUUCAUUUUUCUUUUGGGAAAUGCUGUUUUGCUAAUUUAAAAUGAUCAGAGCUAGCUGGAUCCUGACUAGGGAAAUGAAGUUAUUUUUUCAUUAUGACUUUUUUAAUCGGGAUGGUCCGAUGUGGGCCCCUUCAGGCACUUGCGUCUCAGAGCACGGUUGCUAUUUUUAUUGCCCUUUGAAGCUCCUUGUCUUCAGCUGAGUCCGAGAAAGCUGCCUGACCACAAGCUGAUGAGAACUCUUCAAAGAUACGGAACACCGUGGUCUGUCUCCCAGAACUGGUUGUGGCUAACAGGAGAGAGACUGAACUACUGACAGUAGGAUGGUGGACCUAGAGACUGAAGUUGCAACAUGUUCUUUUUCUUGGCAUUGCAGGUUUAGCAGAAGAACCUUUUUUGUAUCAAAUAUUGAUGUGUGAAAGUGAAAGAGCUAGUCUGCUGACCUGGGAGUAGUUUGAAAUACUGAACUGUCAUUUUUGCACAUUUGAAUACUUUGCAGGCUGGCUUUGUAUAAACUUACUCUCUGGUUUCUUAUAUGUUGUAAAUAUUUAGACCACAAUUUCAUUAUAAAUAAAUGUAUAAAGAUUC